AUGCUGUCAAUCAUUUAUAUGAAGUGGACCCGGCGAACUAUGAUGGGCAUUACCCUGAUGAGCCACUUUCAGGCGCCUGGAGCUACUCCAGAAGACUAUAAUUACUUGAACCACAUCUAUACGAAGGACCAGAAUGAAACUUAUAACAUCGUUUACGAUUUGAAAGUCGUUCUUGACCAGUAUACUGAAAAGCAGAAUGAUUCCAAAAUCAUACUAACCGAAGCCUAUGCGGAUUUGCCCAAAAUCAUGCGCUACUAUGGCGACAAGAACCACAAUGGUUCAAUUCCUUUCAAUUUCUUCUAUCUUACUGAACUGAACAAUAAGUCAAACGCAAGAGACAUGAAGAUGACCAUUGAUAAGUGGAUGACACAUAUGCCUACUGGGAAGGUGGCUAACUGGGUGAAUGGCAAUCACGAUCAAAGUCGACUGGCUUCAAAAUUCGGUAUCGACAGGGUUGAUGUUAUGAACAUGCUGGCUCUCGUCCUGCCAGGAAUCACCAUUACGUAUCAGGGUGAAGAAAUCGGAAUGACAGAUGGUCAUGUGAGCUGGAAAGAUACUAAAGAUACUCAGGCUUGCAACACGGAAGACCCCAUUAACUACUGGAAGAGUAGUCGCGAUCCCGCGCGCACUCCUUUCCACUGGGACGCGUCCGCCAACGCGGGCUUCUCCACCGCCAGUACCACCUGGCUGCCCGUGGCUGACAACUACCAGACUGUCAACGUCGCCGUUGAGAAGGCAGCAGCUAAGAGUCACUACAAGUUCUACAAAGAACUGGUUGCUGUCAAGCGUUUGCCUGCCGUCCGCUCUGGGGACCUAGAAGUACGUGCAAUCUGUGAAAAUGUUCUGACUGUUGCUCGAUUCCUGCCAGGUCACCCCGUAGUAGUGGGUGUCAUCAAUCUGUAUGACGCUGAGAUCCCGGUGGAUCUCAGCGCUCUACACUUGCUGCCUCGUGACCUACAGGUGGAAGCUUCCGGAACCUACUGUAAAUUGGAGAAAGGAGACAAAAUUCAGAAAGGUAGGGUAACAAUGUCUCCACACUGCGCCCUGGUCCUGUCAUCAUCACAGAAUUGCUGUUCAGCACCCAAAUGA